CGUGGAACAACUCGGGGAGGGCUACAGUGGUGGAGGAGAGAGGAGAGGAGAGGGGAAGAGACGGAGGGAGAGGAGAUGAGAGGAAGACAGAAGGCACUUUCCGAAGGCACUAAGAGGGUUGUGUUGCGCUGCGAUGACGACCAGGGUUGCGGCACUUAUAGGCUCGCCCGGAGGCGUUUGCCAUCCACGCCCCCGAUGUCAUGACCGUCGCCUGCCUCUGGCUUUGGCUUGGACGUGGCUGCUGCUGGCCAGUCCCUAACCAGUACGCGAUCGCCCAAGUCAGUGUCUUUUCAGGACUGUUUGGUAAGGGGGGAUGGGCAGAACGUGGCAGAAAGAGCCGAUCGGGCCCGAACGGAAUUGGUGAGCAGAUGCCUGUUGGAUCCGCGCAUGAACAUGUCGAGAAGGCAGGAAAAUGCGUCGGGAUGGAUGUCGAUCAAGGGACAUUUGUCUAA